AUGCUUGCAGACAGCGCCGGCAGGCCGUCUCCUACACUAGGGCCAGAACCCAAGGAGCCACUGUCACCGCACGACGUUGCUCACCUUCGACGCGUCUCAACUGCGACUGGAGUAUCCAAUGCUGCUUUCGACCCUUUCGAUACCCGAGAUCCCCAUUGGACCCUGGAGCAGACACUCAGAGCCGCCAUCGACCGCGGGCAGCAGACGGGUGCCGGGCCUUUGUCGCCGCAUGUGUCGCUCUGCUGGAAGGAUGUCUCUGUUACGGGUGACGACGUCGGCCGCGUUACUCAAAAGGAUGCCAUUUCCCUCUUCACGGACGUCGUUCCCUUCAUUCGGAAGCUUUGGACCAAGACACCCGAGAAGCUAAUCCUGGAUGGUAUUAAUGGCCUCCUCGAUCCCGGAGAGAUGCUUCUCGUUGUCGGUACACCCGGUAGCGGCUGCACUACGCUCUUAAAGGUGCUUGCCGGCCAGACAGAGCAUUAUAGAAGCUGCAGUGGCUCCAUCACCUAUAGCGGCAUUCCUCUUGACACCAUGCGCGAGCGGUUCCAGAGCAUGAUGUCAUUCAAUGACGAGGAGGAUAGCCACUUCCCAUAUUUGACAGUCGCCCAGACGGUCGAGUUUGCUGCAAGCACAAAGGCACCCCAUCAACGAAUCCACGGCAUCUCACGCAAGCAGUUUGUCACCAUGACAAGGGACAUCUUACUUGCCGCUUUCGGGCUCACCCACGCCGCUAAUACCCGGGUAGGGAAUGACUUUGUCCGCGGCGUAUCUGGAGGGGAGCGACGGCGCGUCUCUAUCAUCGAAAUGCUGCUGACCAGGGCGUGCGUCAGUUGCUGGGACAAUCCGACUAGAGGCCUGGACUCAUCGACUUCGCUCGACUUUGCACAAGCUCUCCGCACUGCCACCAGCCUGACCGAAAAUGUUUCCAUAUCGGCUCUAUAUCAGCCGAGUGACGCUCUCUCCGGCAUAUACGACAAGGUCCUUGUUCUCCAUGAAGGCCGUCAGAUCUUCUUUGGUCCGCUAGAUGAUGCUAAGUGCUACUUCGAGGACCUAGGCUUCAUAUGCAGCUCGCGACAGACCGUCGCCGAGUUCUUAAUCGCGGUGACUGAUCCAAACGUUAGAACCGUGAGGGAGGAAUUCCAUGACCGGGUCCCACGCACUGCGGCUGAGUUCGCUGAUGCGUGGAAGGCAAGCGAGGGCUACCACCUUCUGCGGCAAAAUAUUGCACAGCACAAGACAGACAGCGACUCGCAGAUGUCGAGAGAACUGGAUCGGCUCAAGGCCCAUCGUUCGGCUGAGAAAGCGCCUGCCACACGACAUCGCUCGCCCUACAGCCUCAAUCUCGCACAACAAUUUGCGACCACCUUCGUCCGCGCAGCCCAGCGUGUUCGAGGCGAGUAUGCAUAUUUUGUAGCCAUCACAGUCACCAUGCUGGUCAUACCAAUGGUUAUUGGAUCCAUGUUCUACGAUAUCAAUCCGGGCACUAACGGCUUCUUUUCCAAGGGUGGCGUCGUCUUUUUCAUAGUUCUUUUCAACAUCAUUGUCAACUUCGCCGAAGUGGUUGCGCAGUUUUCGCAGAGACGUAUUGUGGAAAAGCAGCACUCUUACGGCAUGUACCACCCGUACAUCGACGCGCUGGCGACUAUGAUAUCACAGUACCCCAUCAAGAUGAUAAACAUCCUCGCCUUUACGGUCAUCGUCUACUUCAUGGCGAAUCUCAAGCGAGAGGCUGGCGCAUUCUUCACCUUUGUUGUUUUUGUCUAUCUCACCACGCUCACGAUGACGGCUUGGUUUCGGCUGGUCGCUGCCCUGACAAAGACCGUCGAAACUGCGCUUGCAGUGGCAGGGCUGUCCGUUCUUCCUCUCGCCAUGUAUGCCGGCUACGUAAUCCCCCGCCCAUCGAUGCAUCCCUGGUUCAAGUGGAUAUCAUACAUCAACCCCAUUUUCUAUUCGGUUGAAGCGCUUAUGACAGUCGAGUUCCACGGACGGAAAGCUCCUUGCCAAAUGCUUAUUCCCUCUGGUCCAGGUUUCGAAAAUGUUGACGUCGCUAAUCAAGUUUGUCCAGUCGUUGGUGCAAAACCAGGACAAGCCUUCGUUCUCGGCGAUGACUACAUUGGCUUAUCGCUCGAUUACCACUAUACCAACAUAUGGCGCAAUCUUGGCAUUUCUAUCGUCUUCUUUAUCAGCUUCACCAUCUUGUACGCAGCAGCAACUGAGUUUGGAAAGAUCCAUGGCGUGACCUCUAGCUACAUGAUUUUCCGCAAAUCGCCGCCCUGGGCACGAGCGCAGACCCGACAGGACAUUGAGUCAGAUCAAACCAGCUCAGAGCACCAUGAGAAGGCGACGUCAGAAGUAGAUCAAAACUUGUUGCUCGCGCCAAGUCGAGACGUCUUUUGCUGGAAGCAUAUCAGCUACGACAUUGACGUCAAAGGCAAGAAGCGCCGACUGUUGCACAAUGUGCAAGGCUUUGUUGAGCCGGGAACCCUUACUGCUCUGAUGGGCGCAUCCGGCGCUGGUAAGACAACGCUUCUGAAUGUCCUGGCCCAGCGAGUUAGCACAGGCGUUGUAUCAGGCGAAGCCACCAUUAAUGGUUCCCAACUUGACGAAACUUUCAAGCGGCGGACGGGAUACUGCCAGCAACAAGAUAUCCAUAUGGCAGAGAUGACUAUACGCGAAGCAUUCCGCUUCUCCGCACUACUACGUCAGUCAAGGGAUAUUUCUAUUGCAGAAAAGCACGCGUAUGUGGAGAAAAUCAUCUCUGUCCUGCGCCUGGAAGACUACGCCGACGCCGUGAUUGGGGUGCCCGGAAAAGGGCUGAAUGCAGAGCGACGGAAACGUACAACUAUCGGUAUUGAGCUUGUUGCGCGUCCUUCUCUGCUCCUAUUUCUCGAUGAACCGACAUCAGGUCUUGACUCCCAAUCGGCGUGGUCCAUUAUCAGGCUUCUGCGAGAGCUGGCUAACGCUGGCCAAGCAAUUCUCUGCACCAUCCAUCAGCCGUCCUCCGCUCUUCUCAGCGAAUUUGACCGACUGCUUCUCCUAGCCAGUGGAGGAAAGACGGUCUACUUCGGAGAGCUAGGACAGGACUCGCAAACAGUCAUCGAUUACUUCGCCCAAUAUAGCGCUUCACGGUGUCCGGAAGAUGCCAAUCCAGCCGAGUACAUGCUUGCACAGAUUGGUGCCGGCACCAGUGGGCAUGCGACACUCGACUGGCCCUCUAUCUGGGACAUGUCCACGGAACGGCAAGCAGCGACCUCACGCAUUCAGCAGCUGGAGUCUGCAAAGAAUACGAGCAACAACACCACCUCCCAGGCCCUCAGAAAUACAUUUGCAGAGACCUGGCUUGCUCAAUAUAUCAUCGUGCAAAAGCGGCUCUUCGCACAGCAUUGGCGUUCUCCCUCCUAUAUCAACGGGAAACUCUUCAUCAACAUCGUAGGCGGCCUAUUCAUGGCAUUCACCUUCUACAAUGAGCCCCACUCCAUCCAAGGCCUCCGAAAUAAGAUUUUCUCCAUCUUCCUAGUCUUACUCCUCUGCCUCACUCUUGUCGUGCUCCUACAGCCCCGCCUCAUUACUCUCCGAGAAAUCUAUAAUGUCCGCGAAAAGCAUUCGAACAUGUACCACUGGAGCGUCUUGGUCGUCGCCAGCAUUGUCGUCGAAAUCCCCUUCAACUUCAUCAUCUCCAGCUUAUGCUUCCUCUGCUGGUUCUUUCCUGUUGGCUGGUGGCGAGACAUCUCCGACGGUCGAAGCGUGUUCAUGUGGUUUGUCUUCCUACUUUAUCAACUAUAUCAUACCACCUUUUCCCAGGCCAUUGCCACGAUUUCACCCAACGCAGAGACGGCAGCCAUGAUAACAAUAUUGUUCUACACCUUCAUUCUGGCUUUCAGCGGCGUACUGCAACCCCUCAGCCAGCUCGUCGGUUUCUGGCAUUUCGCGUACUACAUCAGUCCUUUCACCUGGCUGGUCUCCGCUCUCAUGUCAACUGGCACUCACGGCAUGCCCAUUGAAUGUGCCCCAGCUGAAAUCAGUAUCUUUCAACCGCCCGAGGGCAAGACUUGCGGCGCGUAUGCAGGCUCAUUCUCACAAGCCGUUGGAGCCACCAUCUACAACUCCGAUGCCACUUCCGACUGUCAGUUCUGCUCCUAUGCUGCAGCAGAUACUUACUUGGUGAGCUUGAACAUGAUUUACAGUGAUCGUUGGAGGAACGUGGGAUAUCUCAUCGCAUAUACUGUGUUCAAUGUUGCGGUUUUCGCUGCUGGAUUUUACUUUUACACUGGCCAUGGGUCUUUGAAAAAAAUGGCGAGGCUUGUUAGCAUAUUCAAGGCCGUAUGCUUCUUUAAUUCUUCUAGGAGGAUGGAGACUUUGAAGCCUGGGUGGUGCAGGAUUAGUGGGGGAAGGGAAAGAGGUGGUGGGGGAUCCGUACCGUGGGAUGUGCCGAAGCUAAUCGUCUCUCUUAACUUAGAUCCGCUCACCUGCUCGAGUAAUAUUGAUACAAUUGGAAGCUCCGCCGGAGACUGUGUAGCAGCACUCCACUAUAAGACGUACGGGUUCCGGCGAAGGUUCAAGAGGCAGCCAGCAUUGUACGGCGUUCCCGAAGCCCGUCUCACCGACCGCAAAUACUUCGUGAGCCCCAAUCAAGGGAAGUAUAGCGUCGCUGGUAUAGCAGUCUGGCCCUUCAUCCACGCCUCUGCUGUCACCGGGAGGCCUGCGGCGAAGAAAGGUACUACUGUACCGGGUGCCGAAGAGUUUCGGUAUGGUCAUGAGAAAAUGAGGGAGUGGAUGGAAGGGGAUGAGAGGGGGUGGAAAGAGAGUGAGGCGCCACUAAGGGAGGCGCUGAAGGGGGCGAAAGAGGAAUUCGGGGGCAUCUGGAGAGUAUUUGGUUACAAGACAGAAUUUGUGAUUGUAUAG